GAUCAGCCGGUGCAUGGGAGAUGAGAUGCGCCGGAUCACUCCGGGAUCGCGAUCCGCGGCGAGCAUUGAUGGGAGCGGGAUUUGUUGGCGACGGCGGGUACGGCGAGCGGGUACGCGGAGAGCGUGGUUCCAUGGAAGGCGGAGAGCGUGGUUCCAUGGAAGGAACGGAAGGCACCCGGUGAUGGCGGCGGUUUGGGGCGGGUACGGCGGGAGGGCAAGGAAUCGGCGUGGUGAGAAAAAAACUCGAGAUUUGGCGGAAUCAUUUUGCUUCUCUGUUUUUCCGGUCCUCUUUUUCUCUGUCAAACUUUUGAUCUUACUCGUGAAUCCAUCUGUGAGGAAUAUGGAUGCCUAGAUCUUGACAAAAAUUGUAUCUCAAAGUUUCAUCCUUUAAGGUGGUGAGCUGCGCGAGGCAAGGUGGGGCGCCCGUGGCGGCGGUGCGCUGGCGGCGGCGAGCGGCGAGGCCGCUGCGCGAGGAGGGCCUCCAAGGUCCACUCCUUCCCCGCGCCGCCACCGACGUCCGCUCCCGCCAAUGGUGCCUGUCCUCCGGCCCCGGGACGCCGGUGCGGGCGUUCCUCGACAGCGGGUGCGUGCGGGUGCUGGCCAUUGACGGCAGGGGCGGAGCUAGACGCAGCAGCCACCGGUGUUAGCCUCAUUUGAGGAUGGUGUCAGCGUAGUGAAUGAAUAGUAUUGAACAAUGUUUUCUCAUUGAUUUUGGAUGAAGUCAUCGUUGUCAGCUGACAACAACGAGAACACAUAGCUCCGCCCCUGAUCGAUGGCUACGGUGCGGGCGCCGAGGACGCUCUCCUGGCCGCCGCAGCGCUCACGAGGCUCGAGCCCGGGCGGGAGCAAGCCGGGACCCCGUCGCGCGCGUCGCCGUCUUCUUCGACUUGGCCGCGGGCGCCGGCGCGGGGGGCGUGCUGGCCGUGAUGCUGUUCCUCAGAGGCCCCCACGGGCGGCCGCGGUAUUCGGCCCAUGAGGCGCUCGCGUUCGUGGCCGCGAGCAUCGGGAGGAAGUGCUGGGGCGGCCAGCGCGGGCGGUGGGCGAAGCUGCUCCGCGGCGAGCGGACGCUCCGGCGAGUGUUCAACGACGCGAUGCUGAGGGACACCAUGGCGUCACUACUCGUGCCCUGCUCCGACCUCGCCACGGCCGCGCCCUCCGACGUUGCACCGGCCAGGCGUCACGGUGCCCAUAUCUCAGAGGAUGGAGAGAAUGCCAUGAAGAAGGUGCGCUACACAACAACGAGCAGUUGGAUCUGGUGAAGGAGGAGAUUGGUGUGUCGUCAUUGUUCAGUCACCCCAACCUAUUGCCGCUUCUUGAUAAUGCCUCAAUAGCCGAGGUAAUCUGUUCUGCUUUUUUUUUUAUACUUUGCAUAGAAGUGAACUUUGUUUCAAAAUUGUGCACCAUUCUUUUCUCCUCCGAUGCAUAUGCUUGAUAUGUUAGAAAUGGAUUACAAAUAACUAAAUUGCUGCUGUACCCCCCAAGUGGCUAAUUGCAUCUCUUUGUGGUUCUGUAUUAGUUUAGAAAAUGAAGCUGUCUCCUUGCCAAUUUGAAAUUUUUUAGAAG